AUGAAAAAGUUUUUGAAAAAGUCCAAGGACGACGGCGACGACGAGUCCAGCCGCCGAGCCCUCUUUGGUUCUCGAUCUCGCGAUAAGAGCCCCAACCCCCAAGCACAAGCCCAAGGAAACAACCCAUACGCACAACAAAUCCCAGUCGACCCAUACACCAGAGCCAAGAUCAAUGCGGGCGUUGCUCCUGGUCCUCCCGGCGGUCCUGGCGGUUACGGCGAUGUGAAGCAUCCCAGCGGCCCCGGUGCGACAGGUCCAGUCGGUAAUCAGCAAGGCGGAUACGCACCAAAUCGAUAUGGAAACCAAGGUGGUUAUGGCGCCGAUCGAUAUGGAACUGGUCAGGAUAACGACAGCAGACCUGGUGGCGGAUCGCGAUAUGGGCCCGGUGGCUAUGGCGGUUUAGGCAGCACAGAUCCUAAUGAUGCUGAUAGAGAUGCGCUGUUUGGGGGUGCUCGUGAUCGUGUUCAGCAAAAUGGACCAAGUGCAGGUGGACCACCACCUCCAUAUAGUACAGACGGACAGGCUGGUGGCGGUGGUUAUGGCGGCUAUGGAGAAGAGACUGGUCAACCUGGUUCAUCAGCAGUUUAUCAAGAGCGACAAUUGACUGCCGAGGAGGAAGAAGAGGAGGAAGUCAACGCCGUGAAACAAGAAAUCCGAUUCAUCAAGCAGGGAGAUGUUUCUUCUACCCGAAACGCCCUUCGUGCCGCAGCUCAGGCCGAAGAGACGGGCCGUAACACACUUGCCCGACUCGGAGCUCAAAGCGAACGUAUUCUCGACACCGAGAAGAGCCUUGAUGUCGCCGCCAGCCAAGGCCGUCUCGCGGAAGAAAAAGCCAGAGAGCUCAAAACCCUCAAUAAGAGCAUGUUCGCAGUCCACGUCUCCAACCCAUUCACUAGCAACGCUCGUCGCCGAGACCGCGAUGAAAAGAUCCUCGAAACCCACCGCUCUGAACGUGGCACUCGCGAGGGAACACGCCAAGAAGCGUUCCAAUCGAACCAGCGCAUGGAACGCACAUUCCGGGACAUCGAGCGUGACGCCAACAAGGUCUCUUCCGGACAAAAGAAGGACAUGUCUGAGCGCGCAAAAUACCAGUUUGAGGCCGACAGUGAAGAUGAGGCGAUGGAGGAUGAGAUUGAUAAUAACUUGAACUUGUUGUCUGGAGCGGCAGCACGAUUGAAUGGGUUGGCGAAAGCGACUGGUAAGGAGUUGGAGGAGCAGAAUCGUCAUUUGGACAGGAUUAUGGGGAAGAGCGACUACGUGGACGAUCAGAUUGCCAUGAACAGGGCCAGAUUAGAUCGUAUUCGUUAG